GUACAAGUUUAGCGCCAAUUCCACCUGUCUGAACCCAAGUGCGGUGAUAGAUAAGUGUGAGCUAACAAUGAGGUAGUCGAUAAUUAUAUUUUUUUACACACGUUUCGAGUAACUCUUUUGUCACUUUUUGCGAUUCUGUUAUGACAAAAAAAAAAUAAUGGAUAGUGAAAACAGUGCCAAUGAGGAAUCACUCCAGUCUGUGGCGUCAGAAGAAAGUGAUCUUCUGCUGCAAUUUCGAAAAAAAGAACUGCUCUUUAAAAUUCUAGUCAUUGGAGAUUUUGGAGUUGGAAAAACUUCCAUAAUCAGGAGAUAUGCUGAUGGUACUUUUUCCUCUUCCUAUAAAAUAACCAUUGGAGCCGACUUUGCGAUUAAAAGCAUAUCUUGGGACAAAAAUACUCAAAUAAAUAUACAAUUAUGGGACAUCGCGGGACACGAAAGAUUCGGAUCCUUGACAGGUGUAUAUUAUCGAUAUGCUGUGGCUGCAGCCAUCGUUUUCGAUUUAACUCGUCCAGAGACCUUUAGAUCUGUGGAAAAAUGGCUACUAGAUCUGAGACGUAAGGUGCAUCUGCCUGGUAGUCACCCCGUUCCAGUUGUAAUUUUAGCAAACAAAGGUGAUAUUACCAUAGCCACACUGCCUAACGAGAUUGUGAACUUCUGCGAAAAAUAUAAUAUUCUAGCAUGGUUCAUUACAUCAGCCAAAGACAACGUUCAUAUAGAUGAAGCAAUGUUAACGUUAAUAAACGCAGCGGUUGAUAAUCACGAGCGUUUACAGUUUCCUGCCACUGUAGAUAACGACGUAGUCAGGUUGCAAAAUGAUGACACUCAGUUCUAUCAAAAUGAAAAGAAACACUGCUGUCAAAGAUGAACUUAAAUAGGUCACUGUUUGAAAUUUGUACAAUGGAUAUUUUGUGGUAAAACUAUAUUUUGUAACAAACAUGUACUAACGAUGGCAAUAACAAAAAUAGAAAAUUAGAUCAGGUUGGAUUUUGGCCCAGCUUUUGAGCUGCCGCGAGUGCAUUUUCAUUGGCAAGCAUCUGAAACUCUUGGAACCUCUGGGAAAUUCUUUGGUUUACUUUAAGAAAUUUUUCUAGACAAUUUAGCGCACACCUAUCCUGCAAUUGAUGAACUGAAUAAAAGUUGCAACGUU